CUGAGGCUCUCUCCACGUUUUGCACGAUCCUGGAUCCAGAGUUUUCUCUGCUCCGAUUCAAGGUUUGGCUCGCUCCGCCCCCGAAUGAUUGCAUAUCAGUACUGGCCCAGAGCGCGAUGAGCACUUUUUUAUUUUUGGGUUGAGGUCGAACGUGUAUCAGCCUGUUGUUCUGUGUGACCAGCGCUCAAUAAUUUAGACAAGAUUGGACACAGUAACUGGAAUCAACACCUUUACUUAUAUUGUGCUGACAACGGUGCGACGUGGUCAGGAGAUUCAGCCGAGGAGAUAGGGGAAUGGCAGACCGCAUGAUGGCUAUGAACCAUGGACGAUUCCCCGAGGCUGUAAAUGGUCUACACCAUCACCACCCUGCGCGUAGGAUGGGGAUGGGUCAGUUUUCAAGUCCACAUCACCAUCAGCAGCAGCAGCAGCAGCAGCAGCAGCAUGGUUAUAACGGGUUAAUGGGAGAGCACUUGCACUACGGAGGUGGGAAUGUGAACUCAAACCACGGAAUCAGGCAUUCUAUGGGGUCUGGGAAUGUAAGCGGGGGACACCCGAGCGGUAACAUGCCUCCUGCCGUGCGGUACAAUUCUCAGUACGUGGGACCCUCAGUCAGUAGUCAAGGACAGCUCGCGGCCAGUAUGCAGUUGCAGAAGCUGAAUACACAGUAUUACAACCACCACGCGCAUCCAUCUCACCAUCAUUAUAUGCCCGAUUUGCAUCCCGCGAGCCAUCAGAUAAACGGACCGGGACAACAGUUCAGAGACUGCAACCCAAAACAUAGCACAUCCAGUUUGCCUCCACCGGCACAUCAUGUGCCUGCAGCAAUACUGCCCCCCAACGUCAUCGACACGGAUUUUAUUGACGAGGAGGUCUUGAUGUCUUUAGUUGUUGAGAUGGGACUGGACCGCAUAAAGGAGCUACCGGAACUGUGGCUGGGACAGAACGAAUUUGAUUUCAUGACAGAUUUCGUUUGCAAGCAGCAGCCAAGCCGAGUGAGUUGUUAAUCUCACGAAGUGGACUUAUUUUACAUUUGUUCGAGAGGACUACUAAAACAUUCCUGCGUUUUGUUUUAAUUUUACACAUAUAUCAGAUGGAAUCGGUCAGCAAAAGCGUUCACGACAAGGAUCGAACUGUCGUGUGUUUAUAAUAAUUUAUUCCACUUAAUUUCGACGUACCGACUGCAGUCCAUUUGUGACGCGGAGGAUGAUGUGUUUAGCUUUUUGGGUUGUGCGGCCAUCGCAAAGAACUUCUUAUCGGAAGGAUACAUGUUAUCCAAGUCUAUGCUAUGCAUUACGAAUUAAUUUAAAAAACUUGUAAUAUUAAGAAAAUAAACAGGGAAGGCCUAGAAACAACUUGUGUUCUUUUCAAAUGGAAAGGAAACGUUCAAUUGCUGUGCUAGCUAAAAUAUUUAUUUUCCUGCAUCAUUUAAACGUUGAAUUAGAGAUGUUAAGUAAUAUAAAAUUCAAAAAAACGCAUCAUUCUAAAUUAUGUAAGUGGAUGCUUGUAGGCAAGUACUGUGUAAUUGUUCCAGACAAUAAUAUACUGUACAAUUUAGUGGCCAUAUAUUUACCAGAUAUCUGUGCUGUUAAAUGAUUUGUCUGAUUACCAAGGAAGAAAACUGCUAGGUGGGUGUUGUUUUUUUUCCUCCCUCUGAAAUAUGUUGUCUGUAAUCACAGAUGCCCUUGCUUAGAAGGUGUCUCAGAAUGACUUCCAUUGAGUGCUUAUUGCUUAAAUUUAAGAAAUCCUAGAGGUCACUGAAACCUCAGGAUAUUUACAAACCCCUUUUUGCUCUUUUCAUGCUAAAUACUAUGCCUCUAGGCAGGCAAGAAUAAUGUAAGGAAAAUGAUACUUAAUAAUAAUUCUACAUAUUCUACACCUCCCCCCAACCCCUGUAUGUAUAGACAAUGAAUGGUAUGGAAUGUUGGCAGGGCUGAGAUCAUUUCCCAGGACUUUUCUUCCUCAUUGGUUUUCAGAAUUUACACCACUGUGCUUAUUUAGUUUAUGCGAUAUAUGGCAAUACUACUGUGUUGAAGCUUUCUAGGAAAGGUUGACAGUAUUUUUGUACAUUUUUUAGAAGAAAAUGUUAAUUUAUUAUAUUUUAAUUUGCAAACAUAAAUAAA